UAAAAUGAUAAACUUGAUAAGCUUGAUCAGCACCACCACCACCAUCAAGAACCUUGUGCAUACUUAGUACACAAAGAGAACGAGAUCCAAUGUCUCGUGAGAACAAGACCGAAGAAGAUGGAAAAGAAAACAUGGCAGCUUGGCUUGUCGGGAUAAAAACGCUUCGAAUUCAACCUUACACUCUCCCGCCACUUGGCCCUCACGACGCCAAAAUUCGCAUCAAAGCGGUUGGGAUUUGCGGAAGUGAUGUCCAUCACUUCAAGCACAUGAGGUGUGCAAAUUUUGUGGUGAAAAAGCCUAUGGUAAUCGGGCAUGAAUGCGCUGGUGUCGUAGAAGAAGUAGGCAGCCAAGUGAGGUCUCUCACUGUGGGCGAUCGUGUUGCUUUGGAGCCAGGCAUUAGUUGCGGGAGAUGCAAUUCUUGCAGGGUUGGCUGCUAUAAUCUGUGCUCAGAAAUGAAAUUCUUUGGCUCUCCUCCAACUAAUGGUUCUCUAGCCACUAUGGUCCUCCAUCCUGCGAACUUGUGUUUCAAAUUACCCGAUAAUGUAAGCUUAGAAGAAGGGGCGAUGUGUGAACCUUUGAGCGUAGGAGUCCAUGCUUGUCGGCGUGCUAAUAUUGGUCCAGAGACUAAAGUAUUGAUCGUGGGAGCAGGUCCAAUAGGUCUGGUUAGUAUGCUGGCAGCUCGAGCUUUUGGAGCCCCCAAAAUAGUCAUGGUUGACAUAGAUGAUUGCCGCUUAUCAUUUGCCAAAAAGCUUGGUGCAGAUGGAACAAUCCUAGCUUCCACGAAGAUUGAGGAUGUGCAGGAUGAAGUUAUUCAGAUUGAAAAUGCAAUCGGUGCCCGUGUUGAUGUAAGCUUUGAUUGUGUUGGUAUGGAUAAGACCAUGACAACUGCCCUGAGUGCUACUCGUGCCGGCGGGAAAGUAUGCCUCGUGGGGCUUGCCCAGAGCCAAAUGAGUAUCCCUCUUACUCCAGCUGCCGCAAGGGAAGUUGAUGUUAUAGGCAUAUUCAGGUACAGGAAUACGUGGCCACUUUGCAUCGACUUCUUAAGGACUGGCAAGAUAGAUGUGAAGCCUCUCAUAACUCACAGAUUUAGCUUUAGCCAGCAGGAUGUGGAGAAAGCAUUUGAAACCACAGCCCGGGGUGGUAAUGCCAUCAAGGUCAUGUUUAAUCUAUAGCUUUGACAAAUUGUGCGUUAAAAGUGUCAGACAGAGAGAGCUGGCUGGCUUUUCUUCCCCAGGGCUUCACGGCCAGCCACCAAAUCUAUCUGAAUGUCCUUCCCUUUUCUGUGUGCUAAAUAAAUAACAACAGAUUUCUGCGAUUAAGAUAUUGAAGUUGCUAUCAGAGUUGCAACUGCCUUCAAAGAUCUUGCUGUAAAUUAGGAUACAAUUUGUAAUAUUGGUAAUAUGUCUAAAAAACCUCCUUCUCGAUUGUGAAAUAAGCACUAUCUGUUGACAUGCCUUGAAUCAGGUUUUCGACCUU